CUUUUAUAGAUAAUGUUUAACGUGCAAAAAAAGUCAUCUUAUUUUAGGAGUGAACCUAUAGAUUGAGUAUGGGGUUCCUCUCCCUUGAGUGAACGAAGGAUUUUACAAAACUAAGAUAUACAUGUAUCAUUAAAUGAGUGUUUUGGUAUCCUCCUGUAAGUUAACGAAAUUAUUUUGAUAAAGCUGAAUGUCCAAUGAUCGUGGGAACAGUGUGUGAGCAAGUCAUCAUAAAACAGACCCUGUCCUACCGAAUCAUGAAGAAGCAACGAGCAUGACUGGAAAUAAUGAAGGCAAUGGUUCUGACGUCGUAUCUGGAUAUCAUCUUGGUUCUUUAUCUGGUCCCUAUAGGAAGUGCCAGCAGCAUUACUUCUCCACAGCAGACUGAUAUCAAAUGCUGCUCAUGGAUGAUUUACUUAUCAUUGUUCAUAUUAAGCUGUGUGAUCACGUGGUUCGUCUUAACUUUAUUCGUUGUGAGUUUCUACGUCUAUAGACGAUCUUGUACAAAAACAGACUGCAUUCAACGAUGUAUGAAUAAGAGACAAAAUCAUGAGACUAAGAUUGAAAUACGCUAUCAACGUGCCAUCAGAUACGACAUCGCCACAGUACCAUUACUAAGUGAUGUCAAUGAGUUUGAAAGGAAUGGACAGGAGAGAUGUUUCGGUGCAUCAAUGAAAGACUAUAUCAGCAGUAAACCACCAAUGCCUAUCUACCCAAACAUUGAAAGCGGUUCAAACAAGAGAUGGGAUCCAGGAUUAGAUGACAAACAUUGUGAUAACCAGUCUCAAUUGUGGACAUAUUUUACAGAAAAGGACAUCUCCCGCGAGAGGACGGACAAUAAUUAGACGACACAUGGAAUCAUAAGUGAUGAAACUGGAUUACUUUAAAUAGAAGCUUAAUGGGGUUUUAAUGAGACAAUACAAAGAUUUAUAAUUUAUAAGGUGAUUAGCUUUUCUCCCUGGCGAAGCUAGCUUUAUGGAAAGCAACAUUGGAAUUACAAUUACCAUUUUCAAUUUUGAAAGUUUGUUUUUAGAUGCUUUUAUUUGUGUUUGUGUGUUUCCCAAACGAUUCCUGAAAUUCGUUUUUGUAUUACAGAAAAUUUGUUAAAAGUCUUCUGCCAUCAAAAAGUAUGAAAGUAAGCCGUAUAAUUUCUGUCGAUUCGCAGCGAUGUAGGUUUAUGACCUUUCUUUCUCAAACUUGUUAAUGCUCCAAACCCAUUUCUCCAGGUUAGAUAUAAUAAAGUUCGCCAUUAUAUGCUUUGCGCGCAAAAUUAAUUACUCACCCCACUUAUAUCUCAUCACAUAAAGUUUGAAUAUGCAAAUAUAGUGAUGGCGUGGUUGUAUAUAGUGAUGGGGUGAUGGACGACGACGCGACGGUGAUAAUGACGAUGAUGAUGAUGACGAUGAUGACGACGACGAUGAUGAUGAUGAUGACGACGAUGAUAAUGAUGAUGAUGACGAGGGUGGGACUGCUUUUUACAUACAAAAUUAUACAUUAUGUCAAUACAUAAUUUACGGAUAUAAUCUCAACCAGUCAACGGCUUGAUCAUAAUUAUGAGAAGAAUCGGGCGAACAAGAUAAAAUGCAUCAAUGUUUUCCCAUUGAAAAAAUAAUUAAGAAAUAUAAAUAUAUAUAUAUAUUUUGUUCUGUUCUUUGUUCUUUUUGGACCUUGAAACAUAAAAAAAAUAAAUCAAUGUUACAAGCCAAUAGCGCAAAUCAAUGUCAAAUAUUGGUUGUAUUACCGUACCUGGCACUGCAUGGUGUGUUCAUUUUCAUGUUUAUUGUAAUCAACGAAUAUACAGUGUACGAAGCGAGGCGUCGAAAAUGGGAAUUUGAAAAGGUCAAAAGGAGAAAGAAAGAAAAAUAAUUACGAAUUAGACAAUGAAACCAAUCAAAGAUUAAUCUUCACAUGUCACAUUUUGGUUAAAAGCCAAGCCUGCCUCAACAAAAAGUUGGGUUAAAAAGGGAUAACUGAACUGAACAACAAUGUAACAAAAGAAAAGGGUGGAAAUGAAGGAAAUGGAUCGAAAAUGGCUAAGGAGUAUGAGAGUUUUCAUCUCUUGGUUUGUAAAACGCCUAUCCUAGCUUUGUCCCGACUUACCAUGUUCAUCACCCCUUUGAUGUUUCUUAAAUUGAAAUAUAACAUUGACAGUUUUAGGAAAAUCGGAUAGCAUGAGAAAUUUAUAGAAUUUUCAAUUUUCACUUACUUUUCACAGAAGUGCUGUCACAUACCUUCUAUUUUAUUUCUUGCUACGAUGUAAAAGCUGGUUUCAAAUCCUUAUAGAAUUCAUUGGUUUGCUUCCAGAUGGAGAAUAUCGAAUCAACCAUUAUCAUUAUUGUAAAUCACUUACAAUAAUGACAUCAAACCUUUAUCAAAUGAAUAUCUUAAAUUAUUAUGAUUUUUGAGAAAUAUUGAGUGAGUGACAUCCCAAUCAUGGGCCGAAUUAUAUAAAAAUAAGUGAAAUUUAGAAAUGUAAACUUUGUUAAAUGUAGUAAUAAAGAUCCCUUGUACUUUCUUUGAUAAUAAUGAAAAGUAACUUGCAGUAUAAAACAACACAAAUAAUAAUCUUGAUAAUAACAACAGUAGCUCUGGAAAAAAUCCAGUGUUGUGUAAGAAAUAUAACAAUAAUCACAUCUACUGUUGGUGCUAUGUCAAUUUCGGAUAUAAUUACAUCAACCAAAGUUCGAUCAUGAUUUUUUUAAGAACCCCCCCCUCCAAAAAAAAAGAAGACAGAUAUAAAUACGGUAUAGCGCCAUAUCUAUAGCUGAAAAAAUAAAGUGUCUUAAUUCACUUUAGGUCUUCCCCAGACAUAAAUAAUCAUAUCUGAUAAAUACAUGUCUGGAAAAAUAAUUAAAUAAAAAUAC